CUUCCUUCUCCAGGUAGAGCAGACGACGACAGCAAGACUCCUUCAAAAUGAUGUCUUCUUCAUCCAUCCGCAUGUCCUCAGGAGGAUCUUCCCGCCUCUCUGUCGGUGGUGGAGCCGGUCGUGUCUCAGGAGUGCGUGCUGGUAGUGUCUAUGGAGGAGCAGGAGGAUCCGGUGUUCGCAUCUCCAGUUCUUCUGCUUCCAGAUCCUUCUCUGCUGGUGGCGGCGCAGGAUUUGGUGGUGGUGCUGGUGCUGGCUUCAACCUGUCUGAUGCCAUUGACGUGUCAACAAAUGAGAAAGCCACCAUGCAAAACCUCAAUGACCGUCUGGCCUCCUACCUGGAGAAGGUGCGCAGCCUGGAGAAGGCCAAUGCAGAUCUUGAGCUGAAGAUCCGCCAGUUCCUGGACAGCAAGGCCACGCCUAAUGCUCGUGACUACAGUGCCUACUAUGCAACAAUCAGUGACCUCCAGGCAAAGAUCCUGCAUGCUACUGGUGUAAAUGGAGGCAUCUACCUCAGCAUUGACAAUGCCAAGCUGGCUGCAGAUGACUUCAGAGUCAAGUAUGAGAAUGAGCUGACCAUGAGGCAGUCUGUGGAAGCAGACAUUGUUGGCUUGAGGAAGGUGCUGGAUGAGCUCACAAUGACCAGAUCUGACCUGGAGUUGCAGAUCGAGGGUCUGAAAGAAGAACUGAUCUUCCUCAAGAAGAACCACGAGGAGGAGCUCUUGGCAGCACGCACCCAGAUGAGUGGACAAGUCAAUGUAGAGGUCGAUGCAGCACCACAGGAAGACCUGACAAAGAUCAUGGCUGAUAUCCGUGAGCACUAUGAGGCAGUUUCUGCCAAGAACCGUAAAGAUCUUGAGAGUUGGUUCCAGGCCAAGAGUGAGUCCCUCAACAAGGAAGUUGCUGUGAGCACAGAAACUCUCCAAACAUCCCGCUCUGAAAUCACAGAGGUUAAGCGCACACUCCAGAGUCUUGAAAUCGAACUACAGUCACAACUCAGCAUGAAAGCGUCAUUGGAAGGCACUCUGGCAGACACACAGGCCCGCUACACCAACAUGUUGAAUGGUUACCAGUUCCAGGUGAGCAGCCUGGAAGAGCAACUGAUACAGCUCCGUGCUGAUCUGGAGCGCCAAGGUCAAGAGUACCAGAUGCUUCUGGACAUCAAGACCAGACUGGAGAUGGAGAUUGCAGAGUACAGAAGACUGCUGGAUGGAGAGGCUACUAGUGUUUCCACAAGCUCAAGCACUACACGCAAAGUAGUAACCAUUGUGGAAGAGGUGGUGGAUGGAAAAGUGGUCAGCUCAUCCUCCAAGGCCACAACCGAGACUAAAACCACUUAAGAGAAAUCUUCAGCAAAAUAGUUCUCAAUCAGUGUGAUAAGAAAACCAAUAAACUGGUCUCACUGUGAA